UUUUGAUUAUUUGCAGGAUUAUGAAUUAGUUGUGGGCAAUCUCCAAGGAGAUUUAGCAGUUUUUAAAGGACAGCAGUGCCAUCCAUGGGCUGAAAAACACAAUCUGGGCAUGAUUAUGGUUGUGGUUAUAGGAGAUGUUUUGAAUGAAGGCAAGAACAGCACUGUGUGCAUUAGUGGUGAGGGAUUAUGCCACAUUUUUGGAAUGAAAAGUGAUUCUCCUCUGGAUAAUGAGAAGCAGAGCUUGCAGCUAUUCCAUACACAACGAUUGCCUGCCAACACCAAAGUUGCUCUUCUCGCUGAUGUAGAUAAUGAUGGAGAAGUUGAAUUAGUCUUAGGCCUUACUGAUCAUGUUCUAAGGACAUAUAGAUGGGUUAGAAUUAAUCAGAAUCCAAACGAUUUUACUGGAAAAUUGGUAGGAUUGCACAAGUUGGAGCUUGCAGACCAGAUAAGUUCCAUUUCAUUAAAUCCAUCUACAGAGGGAAGCCCAUACAUAUUAAUAGCUCAGUCGGGUGGCACAUACAUACACUUUCAGUGCUGUGAUGAACAGGCUGGAGAAUUUUCUGAUGGUUCGUCCGGAUCAAAAUUAACUACACCUGUACACCAUCCACUUGCUUCCAGUCGAAUGAGGAACCCCAAUAUAUCCUCCGAGAUACUUGGUGGCAUUCGGGGCACUCGUAACGGAGAAACAAAAGAUUCCUUGAUUGCCGUUGCUACAUUAGAUGGUACAUUGAUGCUUGUCGAUGGUGAUGACAUUCUUUGGUCUUUCCAAGUUGAUCAUCAGUUGUUUACAAUAACAAAAUUAGAUUUAUUGGGUGAUGGAGAAGAGGAAGUCAUUGCAUGUGCGUGGGAUGGGCAGACAUAUAUGGUAAAUCAGCAGCGCCAGUCUGUUAGGUUUCAGUUUGAUGAACCUGUCAGUGCUUUCAAUUCUGGGAAAUAUUCAAUCACUCCAGGAACGUGUACACCAGCACUUGUAUAUGCAACUUUUGGUGACCGAGUUCACCUUUAUUAUGAUGUAUGUCUGCCGUCCUUUAAAAUUAACAAUUUUUUAACAGCUAUGGAACAACAUCCAGAGUCAUCUGAUUUGCUUUCACGUUUUCCAGUUGAUGUUAAAGAUAGCAAACAGCUUAGGAAUUUGUACACCAAGUGUUUGUAUAACUUUCCAUCUCAUUUGCUAAAGUCUGAAAGUGAAGAAAAGCCUUGAAUGCUAUGUGAUGCACAUAGGUUGGAUGUUUUUCUGAUUAUUUAUGUAAAAUUUCAUUUGUUUGUAAAUGCAAUAUUUGCAUAGAUAUUUUUUUAAAUGCUAGUUUGGUUAAAAUAUUGUUCCUUAUGAAAUGUUUAACUUGUUGAGUUGUAAAUAAAAUUAGUUUUCACCGAA